ACCGUACAGAACAGUCAUCGCCAGAAAAAUACACUGGCUGGUUCCUAAAAAAGGGUGCGGGGAAGACCCUCCAGAAAUUCCCAGUUCAAACUUCUCCCCUAAUCACCAACCCAGUGAGUGCCCCUUUGUUUUUUCAGGUCACUCCCCAAUUAGAUAUUACGUGUUUCCUUCAUUCCACAACCUUUAAUUCUUUUCCAGUGUUGCAGAAUUAAGUGGACAGAAUUAAUCUUGUCUCCCUAUAAAGAACUUGUUGUAAUUGCAAUGAAUGCUUUCAUUCUGCCGGUGCCUAAAUACGAUUUGCAGGGGACGGGGGAGGGCGGGUUGGUGCUAGUCCCGUCAUUAAAAACAUUCCUGUGGGGAUUGUAAUGGUGGGAGCAAAAACCCCAAAGCUUUUAUAUAAUAACGAGCACGUGUCUGCACGUGAGCUGCUCCUUUAAGAAGCCUUGGGCUGGUGGGAGAAGAGGGAUCCGGGGAAAAGGCAGCCCUACGGCUCUAGCAGAGGGCAGAGGUUAAAUCUGUUGGCAUUUUUAUCACAAGCAUGGUCACUGCACACCCUCUCCCUGACGGCUUCACUGAAUUAGAGGUGUUUGCCAUCGGCACUGCCCUGCUGGUGGAAGCCCUGCUUGGUUUCUGUCUGAAUGGCUUGACAAUUAUUUCCUUCCGAAAAAUCAAAUCCCUGCGGACACCCAGCAACCUGCUGGUCCUCAGCAUCGCGCUGGCCGACUGCGGGAUCUGCGUCAACGCCUUCAUCGCUGCCUUCUCCAGCUUCCUCAGAUACUGGCCCUACGGUUCUGACGGCUGCCAAAUUCAUGGCUUCCAGGGCUUCCUGACAGCCUUAGCCAGCAUUAGCUCCAGCGCCGCGGUCGCCUGGGACCGGUACCAUCACUACUGUACAAGGAGCAAGCUGCAGUGGAGCACGGCCGUCUCCAUGGUGGUGUUCGCGUGGCUGUUCGCUGCCUUCUGGGCUCUGAUGCCCUUACUGGGCUGGGGGGAAUACGACUACGAGCCCCUGCGGACCUGCUGCACCCUGGACUACAGCAAAGGGGACAGAAACUAUAUCACAUUCCUUUUUGCUCUGUCCAUUUUCAAUUUCAUGAUCCCGGGCUUCAUCAUGCUGAUGGCCUAUCAGUCCGUACACCAGAAGUUCAAGAAAAGCGGGCACUAUAAGUUUAAUACUGGUUUACCCUUGAAGACGCUGGUCAUUUGCUGGGGUCCCUAUUGCCUCUUAUGCUUCUACGCAGCAGUUGAAAACGUGAUGUUCAUCUCCCCAAAAUACCGCAUGAUUCCAGCCGUUAUUGCCAAGACUGUGCCAACAGUGGAUGCUUUUGUGUAUGCCCUGGGGAAUGAGAACUACAGAGGAGGAAUAUGGCAGUUCCUCACAGGGCAGAAGGCUGAGAAAGCAGAGGUUGAUAACAAAACUAAAUAAGCCGUUACAGCAUCAAGCGGAAUUAAUGGAGGCACAUCAGUGGCAGGAAAACGCUGGAGGAAACUCUCUGCGUUGUCCGGUAUGUGCGUGCAAAGGUGGUUCCACAUCGGAAAGGCCACGCAUUGGCUACCAGCAAAGAAGAACUGAAAGAACACCCCAGAAACUGCCCAAACCUUCACGAGCUGCUUGUCGGACAAGCUGCCUUAAACCUGUGUUGGUUGUCAUCAGUCUCAUUUUAUAUGUCACUGCAAAUAAACUAUGUGCUGGAAAGCA